AUGUUGAAGAAAGUCUUCCAAAAGCGUCCACAGGACCUAUAUGCAGGGACUGAUAUCCCCAGGGAGUCGAACUCGACCAAUGAACGCGAAAAAGGCCCCGGUGAUAUUGUGGACACUCCUAUCCCACUCCUGACAUGGCGCUCGUGCGUCAUGGGCCUCUUUGUCUCAAUGGGAGGCUUUCUUUUCGGUUAUGAUACAGGUCAGAUUUCUGGCUUUUUGGAAAUGGAAGACUUUCUCGAACGCUACGGCGAGCUUGGCCCAGAUGGCGCUUAUCGUUUCAGUAAUGUCCGCUCUGGCUUGAUCGUCGGCUUGCUGUCUAUCGGUACUCUAAUUGGUGCUUUGGUUGCGGCUCCUAUUGCUGAUCGCCUCGGGCGAAAGUGGUCUAUCAGCGCGUGGUCCCUGAUGGUAUGCGUCGGAGUUACCAUUCAGAUAUCGUCACCCUCCGGGAAAUGGGUUCAAGUUGCCAUGGGCCGGUGGGUUGCUGGACUCGGUGUUGGUGCCGUUUCUUUGCUGGUACCCAUGUACCAGGCUGAGUCGGGGCCAAGGCAUAUCCGCGGAUCGCUGAUCAGUACGUACCAGCUAUUUAUCACCCUUGGCAUAUUUGUCGCCAACUGCAUCAAUUUUGGAACUGAAGCUCGACCUGACACUGGUUCGUGGCGUAUUCCCAUGGGCGUCACAUACCUUUGGGCCAUCGUUCUUGGUGUUGGCAUGGCGUUCUUUCCUGAGAGUCCUCGCUACGAUUAUCGCCAUGGAAAAGUGGACAAAGCUAGGAACACACUGUCCAAGAUUUACGGCAUCCCCCUCAACCACCGUGCUCUUCACAUUGAGUUUGAUGAGAUCAAGGACAAAUACGAGGAGGAGCAACGUAAUGGGCAAGCCACUUGGCUCCAGAUGUUCCGUGCUCCGACAAUGUCGUACCGCGUAGCUGUAGGAGUUGCUCUACAGGCUCUCCAGCAGCUGACAGGUGCCAACUACUUCUUUUAUUACGGAACUACCAUCUUCAAAGGUGCCGGCAUUCCUAACAGCUACGUUACGCAAAUGAUUCUGGGUGGUGUCAAUUUUGGCACAACAUUCCUCGGCCUGUAUUUGAUUGAGCACUUUGGUCGACGCCGAUCUCUGAUAAUUGGUGCCUUAUGGAUGUUUGUUUGCUUCAUGAUCUUCGCCUCGGUGGGCCAUUUCUCGCUUGAUCGCGAUUUCCCCGAGAGGACAAAAUCCGCUGGUGUGGCUAUGGUGGUCUUCGCCUGUCUUUUCAUUCUCGGCUUUGCCAGUACCUGGGGUCCCAUGGUCUGGACCAUCAUCGCGGAACUAUAUCCCUCACAAUAUCGUGCACGAGCCAUGUCCUUGGCUACUGCCUCAAACUGGCUCUGGAACUUUCUGCUUGCAUUUUUCACUCCCUUCAUCACUGGAGAUAUCGACUUCCGCUUUGGUUAUGUCUUCGCGGGAUGUCUCUUCCUUGCGGCUGGGCUGGUAUACGUCGCUGUCAUUGAAGGCAAAGAUCGUACCCUGGAAGAGAUCGACACUAUGUACAUUAUGAAGGUCAAGCCGUGGAAAAGCUCGAAGUUCCAGUUCCCUGCCGACCCAAACAUCAUUCGAGGCUCGUUUGACAAAGGUGAGGAUGUUGCUGGAUCGUCUCACAUUGCCAAUCCAACUACCGAGCUGCGAGAGGAUGGGUCAGCUGUAUCUGAAACACGCGCAGCGACAUAA